AUGGCAUCGUCCAACAGCCCGACCAUCGCACCCACCGUGUUCUACAAGACGUCCCCCGUGACGGCCAAGCUCGUCAAGGCAGAGCUGAGGGCAAGCCGCCUGCCGCCCGAAGUGGAGGUUCCCCUCUGGCUGAGGUCCCUCAGCCAAGGUCCAACCACCCGGUGGCAGGUCUUCAGGAAGCAGGCCGACGCUCUCAAGUACUCCAGGGACCACAGUGAGGGCCUCAUGACAUUCGCCGUGCAGGAGAAGGACGGCACCAGACGCUUCCUCUCAGCGCACCCUGUUCUGUUUUGGUUCUACGACUGCCACAAACCUCCAGAGGAACGUCGUUCAUUUGAAGUCAUUACGGAGGGAGCUGUGUGCAAGCUUUACUUUGACUUGGAGUUUGACAAGGAGUUCAACUCAGGAAGCAACGGUGUAGAAAUGGUUGAGACAUUUAUCAAUAUAGUUUUGCAUUUUUUGAAGGAAGAGUUUGGUUUGUCAUGUAACAGAACGAAUGUGUUGGAUUUAGAUUCGACCACUCCAUUUAAAUUUAGCCGACAUUUAGUGUUUCAGUUUUCCAAUAUUUACUUUCGUAACAAUUACAAUGCUGGAAAUUUUGUGAAAAUGAUUUGUGAUAAAGUUAGGCUGAUGGUUGGUUGCCAAGAAACUUUGCAAGAUUUUUGCACUAGAUGUGGUAUAACCACAGAUCUUUUCAAAAACUUGUUUAUCUUUGAUAAACAUGGUGUGACUAAGUUAUUUUGUGAUGAGGCAGUGUACACCAAAAACAGACAUUUUCGGCUUUAUAAAUCAUCUAAAUGGGGGAAGAAUUCUCCAUUGCUUCUUAGUCUAGAAAAUCUAUACAAGCCAAUUGAAGAGAAAAAAGAGCGCCUGGCUGAAAAGCAGUUAUUUCUUGACUCACUUAUUACCCAUGUCUGUGAAACAUCUCAGGAUCUAACUAUCUUAGAGUUUGGGCCUAAAGACCAGAAGAUUUAUGUUGUAAAAAAUUCAUCUCAUCUUCCUGAUUGUCCUGUUGUGCGUGAAGAAGGAGUAAGCUCACCUCAACCAGUAUUGGACCGGUAUAUUAAGCGUCUAGUCUCUCCAGGAGUGAUUCGUCGUUCUACAUAUUCCUCAGAAUUAUGCAGAAUAAUCUAUGAAAUUAGUGGGAACAGGUUCUGUCAUAACAUUGGUCGACAACAUAAAAGUAAUAAUGUGUAUUAUGUGGUGGACUUAAAAAAUUUUGAGUACUAUCAAAAAUGUCAUGAUCCUGAUUGCUCUGGUUACCGUUCCAAGGAGAAUAAUCUUCCGCCUGAAAUUGUAUUUUUACUUGAAAAUGAAGGUGAUGCUGUAUUUGAAUCUGUAUCAACUAUGUCUGACAAGGAACUUAUUGAUGUUUGGCAUGCCGUGUCGUAUGUAGCAGCUACUGAAGAACUUGAAUCAAAUGUUUCAUUUGAAUCACCAAAUUAUUUUCCUGAGUUUGGCAUGUCUGAUUCCGAGCUUUUAAAUUCCACCCUGACAAUGAAUGAAAAUGACUCAUUCGAAUAA